AUGGAUCAUGAAGCCGCCCAGCUGGAGAAGCAGCAUGUGCAUGACGUGUACAAGAGCACCGCACCCUACUUCAGCGACCUGCAGAGCAAAGCCUGGCCCCGGGUGCGCCAGUUCCUCCAGGAGCAGAAGCCAGGCAGCCUUAUCGCUGACAUAGGUUGUGGGACUGGAAAGUAUCUCAAAGUAAACAGCCAGGUACAUACCCUGGGCUGUGACUACUGUGGGCCAUUGGUAGAGAUUGCCCGGGAGAAAGGAUGUGAAGUCAUGGUAUGUGACAACCUUAAUCUCCCCUUUAGGGAUCAGGGCUUCGAUGCCAUCAUCUCCAUAGGAGUCAUACAUCACUUUUCUACAAAACAAAGAAGAAUCAGAGCAAUAAAAGAAAUGGCCAGGGUUUUAGUUCCUGGAGGCCAGCUGAUGAUUUAUGUUUGGGCAAUGGAACAAAAGAACCGUCACUUUGAGAAGCAAGAUGUGCUUGUCCCAUGGAAUAGGGCCCUGUGUUCCCAGCUCUGCUCAGAAUCCAGCCAGUCUGGGAGGAAGAGGCAGUGUGGACAUCCAGAAAGAAGCCAUCCCUAUCCUCCUCCUUCCUCUGAGUGCAGCUGUUCUGUUUGUUUUAAAGAGCGAUGGGAUUCAAAGCGGUCCCACAGCCUGGACUAUGCUCCUGUCAUGGCGAGAACCUGCUUUGCAAAUAUUUCUCAGGAAGGCCAGGAGGAAUAUGGACUCUAUAACACAUUAGGAAAAUCAUUUCGUUCAUGGUUUUUCUCCAGAUCUUUGGAUGAAUCAACUUUGAGGAAGCAAAUUGAAAGAGUGAGACCCUUGAAAAACACAGAAGCUUGGGCCAAUAGCACUGUAACAAUCCAGCCUUCCAGGCACUCUAGUUUAGACUUCAAUCACCAAGAGCCAUUUUCAACAAAAGAGCAAAACUUAGAUGAGGAUGUGUUUGUGGAAACUUCUUCUCGAAAACACUUAGAGUGGCUGGGGGCACCAGGCACUAUGAAGCAUUUAAAUGGUGACUAUCAAGGAGAAAUUAGGAGAAAUGGAGGGGGGAAUUUUCUGGAGAGCAGGAAUACUGAUGAGUAUUAUAGACAUGCAGGAGACUUAGAAGAAGGAAGCCCUUCUGCUAGUAAAAUAUUGGGAAGGAUUUCUGCAGUCAAUUCCAUGGAUUCCAACUCAGAUGACACAGUUUCUGUGGAAGAACAGCAGCCCGACAUUCUGGACUCCAGAGCCUUUAUGCGCUACUACCAUGUGUUUCGAGAAGGUGAGCUCUAUGGCCUACUCAAGGAGAAUGUAUCCGAGCUCCAGAUUCUCAGCUCUGGGAAUGAUCACGGCAACUGGUGUAUCAUUGCAGAGAAAAAGGAAAACUGUGACUGACUGAAUCAUUUUAGACAAUUCCUCAAAAGUUGAACCACUUUCUUUUCACUAGGUUUGAUCUGGUUACCUGAAUUUGCAUUCAGUUUCAUUAUUUUUUGAUCCGUUUAUGCUUUGGUCUGUAGAGACUAUGCAUUAAUUGAUCUUUAAAAUAUAUAUAUAUUUGGGUAAGCUCAGAGCCUGGCACUGAAAGCACCUGACAAAGGGCAUCGUGUUUAGAUAUUAAUGUAAAAGAUCUGGUGAAAUAUAGAAAAAUAUACUGCAGUGCAGUUUGGAUUUUUAUUUUCCCUUGAAAGAUUAAAUUCUUGUAAGAAUACA